GGUGUUCAAAGCUGUCUCCAGGUCGUCAAUACUCUACCACCAUUACGCAUCAUGACCUCUCUGAUUGUUGUUGACGAUCACGACCCCCAAAUCAACUACGAAGGAAAUUGGAUCUUCGAUGAACCUGGUGUGGCUGGCACACAAUACGAAUAUCAGGAGACAGAUGCUCGCUCAAACCGAACGGGGGACACCGCGACGUUCACGUUCACUGGGAUAUGGGUCUCUGUGUACGGCACGACUGGGGACUGCUUCAACCCCACGCUACCCAGAGGGAACUUCUCCAUCGACGGAGGCGAACCGUUCCAGUUUGAAGCGCCAAGCAUAACCAACAUCUCGGUUUACUACCAGAUGUUCUACUCUGCCAUUUUGCCGGAAGGGAGCCACACGCUACAGUUCACGCGCGUAGGCCCAGAUACUACGUGCGAUCUCGUGCUCGACUUUAUCGAGUAUAUUCCUUCGGUGCCGCAGAAUACAACCACUGGCACCAGCACAUCAUCUCAAGGCGUGUCCGUAUCAGUGCUGGCAGGUAGUAUUGCUGGAGGAGUUGGUGGCGUGAUACUGUUUCUUGCACUAGGCCUCCUCUUGCGACGGUACCAGGUAGUAAACCAGAGGAAGCAGGAUAUGAUUGACGAGCUGAUCGCUGCACGAUCUCGUGCAACACUACCUGAAGAGAGGCAGGCAGGCGCGGCCGAAACACCACCUCACAGAGUAGCCAAGAGAUUUAUGAUUGACGAUUCAUCUUCAAUAUCACCAGAACCAUGAUCACUGGAUGAACGCACGGGGAGGGGACUAAACUCGAUCGCGGAAAGCUCGUGCAUGUUAUGCGCUCAGGUGCGAGGUAUCGCAUACUUCCGCCUCUCCGAGUCGUAUGAAGGUACUGUCAUGUGGACAUGGCGCUGAGCGUUCAUUUAGAUGCCUGAUUGGCGCUCAGGCCUAGGGACAGCAUGUGUUACUCGAGGGUAAAUCGGUAGACAGUACCUUAGGCUACUCAGACGGCAGCCUCGGCCUCCGCUGCUACUCGUAAGAGUUGAGCUGCUGAAAUACUAGAGACUGCCUGCGCUCCC